AUGGCGACAGCAACGAGGCAUUGCGACUUUUUGGUAAUUGGAGGUGGCAGUGGAGGUCUUGCCUCCGCUAGGAGAGCAAGUGGACGGUACGGUGCAAAGGUUAUUGUAGUAGAGGCAAAGCGAUUAGGGGGAACUUGUGUCAACGUGGGAUGUAUACCGAAGAAGAUCACCUGGAACGCGGCCAACCUGGCACAAGGUUUACGCGACGCCAAAUCCUAUGGCUUCUCUGUCGAACAGAGGGCGCCUUUCGAUUGGGCGAGCUUCAAAAACAAACGAGAUGCAAUUAUCAAGAACCUGAACAAUAUACAUAAGCGCAACCUCGAGAAGGACAGCGUCGAAUAUAUGCAUGGCCGAGCACGCCUUGUAGGCAAGAACGAGUCCAUGAUAAAGCUUCAUGAUGGCACCGAGAUAAAGGUCAACGCAAAGAAGAUCUUGAUCGCGACUGGUGGACACCCUACAGUACCCCGAGGCAUUCCCGGAGCCGAAUAUGGUAUUAAUAGCGAUGGAUUCUUUGAGCUGGAUCAUCAACCUAAAAAGGUAGCACUGAUAGGAGCUGGUUAUAUUGCUGUGGAGUUUGCAGGAAUGCUUAAUGCUUUAGGCACAGAGACGUAUCUUUUCAUUAGGCAUGAUAAGUUUCUGCGAACCUUUGAUGAGAUGAUUCAGGACGAAAUUCUUUCAGAGUACGAGCGUGUUGGCAUACACAUUCAUAAAAACAGCAAGGCCAUCGGCCGAACACCAGAAGUGGAGGGUCUCGGUCUGGAUAUCGUGGGUAUCAAGCAGAAUGAGAGGGGUCAGAUCAUCACAGACGAGUAUCAGAACACUAACGUGGAGAACAUCUAUUCCCUCGGCGAUGUAGUCGGCAAAAUCGAGCUUACUCCAGUCGCAAUCGCUGCGGGCCGCAAGCUUGGCGAUCGCCUCUUCGGCGGUGAACGAUUCCACAACAGCAAGCUAGACUACAACCUCAUUCCCUCCGUGGUCUUUGCUCAUCCUGAAGUCGGCACUAUUGGCCUCACGCAAGAAAAGGCUGAGAAGAAAUACGGGAGGGAUAACAUCAAAAUCUAUAAGACCUCCUUCACGGCGACCUAUUAUACCAUAAUGGAAGAUAGAGGGCCCUCCAGAUACAAGCUUAUUUGCCAAGGGAAGGACGAGAGGGUCGUGGGAUUGCAUAUCUUAGGCUUGGGGAGUGGGGAGAUAUUGCAAGGGUUUGGGGUAGCGAUUAAGAUGGGGGCUACGAAGAAGGAUUUUGAUAGUUGCGUUGCGAUUCAUCCAACAAGUGCAGAGGAGCUGGUUACCCUCAACUAG